AUGGCUAGCGUUCAAGACAUCGUCGUAUCAGCCGCGAUCAAUCUGUUGUCCGCACUGGCAUUUCUUCUACUAUUUGCAUUCCUACGUCUCCAGCCGUUCAACGACAGAGUCUAUUUCCCGAAAUGGUACUUAAAGGGCGUGAGAGCCAGCCCCCGCAGCCGCGGGCCUUUCGUGAAAAAGCUCGUAAAUUUAGACGGCAGAACAUACCUAAAGUUCUGGAAAUGGAUGCCUGCAGCCUUGAGAAUGCCCGAGCCAGAGUUGAUACAGCACGCCGGUCUCGAUUGUGCCGUCUAUGUAAGAAUUUACCUUCUCGGAUUAAAGAUCUUUGUCCCCGUGGCUUUGCUCGCUUUUGCUGUCCUGGUUCCCGUCAACUUGACUGGUAAAACACUCGAGGGUACUAAAGAUUUAACCUAUAGCAACAUCGACAAGCUUUCGAUCUCCAAUGUUCCUUCGGGAUCUCUCCGGUUAGUGACGCAUAUAGUUAUGGCGUACGUAUUCACAUUUUGGACAUGCUAUGUUCUUUACAAAGAGUAUCGAAUUAUUACCACCAAGCGGUUGCAGUUCUUGGCUUCGGAAGGUCGUCGCCCGGAUCAGUUUACCGUUCUUGUAAGGAAUGUCCCUCCGGAUCCUGACGAAACGGUUGGCGAGCACGUCGAGCAUUUCUUCUGCGUGAAUCAUCCUCAUCACUACCUCAUACAUCAGCUCAUAUAUAACGCAAACAACCUCGCGACGCUGGUCGAGAGGAAGAAGCAGUUGCACAAUUGGCGAACUUACUACAUGACACGAUACGAAAGAAACCCGAAGAAGAGACCAACAACAAAGACAGGUUUUUGGGGCCUGUGGGGGCAGACCGUCGACGCCAUCGACUACUGCACAGCCGAAAUUGAGAAGAUUAGUGAAGUAGAAGCCGCUGAGAGAGAAAGGGUGACGAAUGAUCCAAAUGCAACAGUUCCUGCAGCAUUUGUUUCGUUCAAAUCGCGGUGGGGAGCAGCCGUUUGCGCUCAAACUCAACAGACAAGCAAUCCGACAGUUUGGCUUACGGAAUGGGCGCCCGAGCCGCGCGACGUUUACUGGGACAAUCUUGCAAUACCAUACGUCGAGCUCGCGGUAAAAAAGUUGCUGAUGUCUGUAGCUAUGUUCUUCCUCACUUUCUUCUUCAUGAUCCCGAUAGUAUUUGUGCAAUCCUUGGCGAGCAUCGAAGGCAUUGAAAAGGUUUUCCCAUUCCUCACGCCGUUGAUAGAAUCGAAACAUGUCAAGUCUGUAGUUCAAGGUUUUCUCCCUGGAAUUGCACUGAAGAUAUUUCUCGCGCUCCUUCCGACAAUUCUUAUGACAAUGUCGAAGAUAGAAGGGCAUACCUCUCUUUCAAGUCUGGACAGACGAUCAGCCGGAAAAUACCAUUUGUUCUUGUUCGUCAAUGUCUUCCUCGGAAGCAUCAUCACCGGAGCUGCAUUCGAACAGCUUCACAAGUUCCUUAACCAGUCCCCAUCAGAGAUUCCGAAAACUGUGGGCGUCGCCAUUCCAAUGAAAGCCACAUUCUUCAUAACUUACAUUAUGGUCGAUGGCUGGGCCGGCAUUGCUGCGGAGAUCAUCCGAAUAGUGCCAUUGAUAAUCUUCCAUCUCAAGAAUGCAUUUUUAGUCAAGACAGAAAAGGACAGGGAAGAGGCGAUGGAUCCCGGCUCGAUAACUUUCGCCACAAACGAACCUCGCAUACAGCUAUACUUCCUGCUCGGAUUAGUCUAUGCUUGCAUCACACCGUUCAUACUGCCUUUCAUCAUCGUCUUCUUCGCAUUCGCCUAUGUGGUUUUUCGCCAUCAGAUCAUCAAUGUAUACGACCAAAAGUACGAGAGCGCGGCUGCAUUCUGGCCAGACGUUCACUUCCGUGUAAUCGUGAGCCUAAUCGUGUCGCAAAUACUGCUCUUGGGAUUACUGAGCACAAAGAAUGCUUCCAAAUCAACUCCAUUGUUGCUUGUACUACCUGUUGUGACAAUCUGGUUUCAUCGAUUCUGCAAAGGCCGGUACGAGCCGGCGUUCGUUCGGUUCCCCUUGCAGGAUGCAGUGGUGAAGGAUACAUUAGAAAGGGCAACUGAACCAAAUCUGGACUUGAAAGCAUACCUUAGAGAUGCAUACUUACAUCCUGUGUUCAGACCAAUUGAGAAUGAGAAAGAACCAGUGGAUGAUGAUGAGGAGAACAAUCAAGUUGUUUCCACCAAGAGAACUUCCCAAAGGGGCAGCAAAAAUGUCUCCGGCAGCGUCACACCGGACGGCCAACGACUGUAA